AUGGCGACGACCGACUCUACAAAUUUCACACCUAUCGUGAAUAAAGAACACGAAUUCGUAAAACCAAUAAAAGUCAUUACAGACCAAAGUGAUAUCAAGGAAUGGCUCGAGUCAGAAGCAUAUGCUCGUUUAUUGACAUUCAUUACAAGUCUUAAUGAUUCGGUGGUGAAUAAAAAGAUAUCCGAUCCUAUUGCCUCUAAAAUUAUCGCUGCACUUGAGAACAUGAGUAGUUGGGUGGAUGAAAUACCUCCUCUAAAAACUCCGCAACGUUUUGGUAAUAAAGCCUUUCGUGACUGGAUGUCGCGUCUCGAGCAGGAAUGGCACCGAGCAAAUGUUGAAUUAGUGCCCUGUUUCAUUGCAAGUUUUGGGAAUAGUUUGCGUAUAGAUUAUGGAAGUGGGCACGAAUUAAGUUUCGUCGCGUGGUUGUGCUGUCUAAAUCUUUUGGGGAUUUUCGGUCAAGAAGAUUUUUCGUCUCUGGUAUUGAAGGUGUUCGUAAGAUAUUUAGAGUUAAUUCGACGUUUACAACGCGUCUAUAUGUUGGAGCCAGCAGGAAGUCAUGGUGUAUGGGGUCUGGACGAUCAUCAAUUCUUGCCAUAUUAUUGGGGUAGCGCACAACUUAGAGACCAUCGUCGCAUUAAGCCAAAAUCUAUACUUUCCGACGAUAUAAUAGAAGCUUAUGGGGAUGAAUACAUGUAUUUGGCAUGUAUAAGAUUUAUUAAGGAGGUCAAAAGAGGUCCAUUUCAUGAACACUCACCACUCCUUUAUGACAUCUCUGCCGUACCACUCUGGGCAAAAAUAAAUUCCGGUCUAUUAAAAAUGUACGUUGAUGAAGCUUUGAAAAAGGUCCCAGUCGUGCAACAUUUCCUGUUUGGUAGUUUAUUGCCGUACGCACCAGCACAAACGCCAUUUAUAAUUGCUACUCCUGCGGAUGACGCGGCAAAUAUCAAUACAGCACCCAGUACUUCUGUCACAACGACGAGGCCUACUACAAAGUCGACUGCAGCAACACGAGAUCAAAAUUUGUCUGCAGCGGCGAUGCGAUUAAAGACUGGCGGAAAUAGCGGAUUAUAA